CCAGGGAUAAACUUGGGCUUCAGGUCAUCCUCAGCCUCUAGUAGGAUUUGGGUCUCUGGAACUUUUGCUACUUUUAAGGAGAGGAAGCCUGGCUUGUGUUCUCAUGCUGUUUUCAGGCAUCAGUCACUUCUACUCCCAAAUCGCGGACCACGGGUGAAAGGUGGGGCGGGCUGGCUGUCUUCCUGAGCACCUUUGAGAUGAGGACGACUUUUCCUGGGCUGUCCCCCAAGGGUUCGUGACUCAGCCUCUUCCUGCGCCUGCAACUGCCUCAGAUUGAUUUUUUGUUUCUAAAGGGGUGGCACGUGUCCAGGAGAGUCCGGUAUCGGCUCUUCCCGCCCCUCGGCCUCUCCUCGGAGGAGAUGGGCAGGCAUCGGCAGCCCUCUUCCUGUCUACGGACACCUGUAGCUCACGCUCUCCGCCGCGACCCACCGGCCAGAGAAAACUGAGCUUUCAGCCCAGCCGUCCGCCGCGGACAGCCUGUAGACAGAACAGUGGGGCGGAGCUGGUUCUGCGCAUGCCCAGUGCGGGCGGAAGGAGCCGUCAGGUUGCGCCUGCGCUCUCGGUCAGCCUGGCGCCGCCCCCUCCACGGCCGGGAGACAGGACCAGGGAUCGCGGGCGGGAUGGUGCCGCGGUGCCAGAUUGGCUGAUGUCAGAAAUCAGGUGAUAUUUGCUGUUCGUCAGGAAUAUGUCGAGCUUGGAGAUCAGCUCCUCUUGCUUCAAUCAGGAGACGAAAUUGCCAUCAUCCCCCCCAUUAGCGGAGGGUAGUGCUUUUGAGCCACUUGGGAAAGAUAAGAGUGAAGUUGAAGAGAAAGCUAAAGAUAUAAUAAAAUUCACUGCUGAGAAACUCUCAGUAGAUGAAGUCUCCCAGUUGGUGAUUUCUCCGCUCUGUGGUGCAAUAUCCCUGUUUGUAGGGACUACAAGAAAUAACUUUGAAGGGAAAAAAGUCAUUAGCUUAGAAUAUGAAGCAUAUCUACCGAUGGCAGAAAAUGAAGUCAGAAAAAUUUGUAGUGACAUUAGACAGAAAUGGCCCGUCAGACACAUUGCAGUGUUCCACAGACUUGGCUUAGUUCCAGUGUCAGAAGCAAGCGUAAUCAUUGCUGUGUCCUCAGCCCACAGGGCUGCAUCCUUGGAGGCUGUGAGCUAUGCCAUUGAUGCUCUGAAAGCCAGGGUGCCCAUAUGGAAAAAGGAACUGUAUGAAGAAUCAUCAUCAUCUUGGAAAAGAAACAAAGAAUGCUUUUGGGCAACCAAUGAUUAAAUCACAGUUUUUUAGAGCACUAACAUUUAAAUGUGUUAAACUUUGAUCUUUGAUCACAUUUUGGUUUUUCUUCUCCGAAAGUGAAGAUAGUUUAUUGAAGCACAAUCUCUCAUGUUCCACCUGUGGGACAAAAGGGAGAAAAAAGCAAAAUAAAUGGGUGUUUAGAAUGAGGACCUACACAGAAACUACAGGUGGAGGAAGAGCUUUAGAGAAGAAAUGGAAGAAUAAUUUAAAUGUGAGCAAGGAUGCCUUUGGUAGACACAUUAUUCCAUGACUAGGUUCUAAUUGUAACUCGACAUACUGAAGUGUGGCCCCUUCUUGCUGACUUUGUCUCAAAGAGAGCCUGCCCCCCCAUCCCCUGCCCCCACAUCCAGUGAUGUCAUAGUUAUCAGGGAUGCAUUAUGGGAAUGUUGGUAGAACUGGAAUGUAUAAAAAGUUAUUAGAAGCCAGUUUUGAUUUGAUGUAUUUUUAGAAUUUAUAUAUUUUUAAAAAUAUACUAUUAAAAAAAGUUUAAAAGCAG